AGACCAUCUCUGUUAAGACUCGAAACAACAUGAAGACAGAACCGGAACUAGUAGAAGAACAAAGAAAAUGAAAGUGUGUAAUCCACUAUAAAUUAUUUUUGCGAUUUCAGAAGGCAGUAUAUAUUGUGGCAGUAUUUAAAAAGUAUUAUGUGAGAAAGGGAAAUAAAACCUGUGAAAAAUAAAGCACGGGAUGUUUCUGGAAGAACAGAUGAGAAACGACUGAUCAAUAUCACGCAGUUAUUACAACAUGUAUGUAAUAGCAAGCAUACUAACAACAAUUCUUUUGUUUCAUCUAGCACUGUGCAGCAUGGACUUACCAGCCCCUGUACAUCUGGUCCUGUCUUCCCAAUAUUUUUUCCACUUAUUGUCCUGGAAAAUGGGGCCAGGCUGUCCUGAUGGUGUCCACUAUACAGUCAGAGUGCAAACACUCAGUAGGAGUGAGGUGGUGGUGAAGGAGUGUGAAAAGGUGACAUUUCCUCUGGAGUGUAAUCUCACAGAAGCCUUUUCUAAUGUGGAGGAAACCUAUUUCGUCAGUGUGUCUGCUGCUCUGGAAAACCGCACCUCACCACGUUCAUUCUGCAGUGCUUUCAAACCCAUUUAUAACACCACCUUGGAGCCGCCGCUGCUGACAGUAACUGUAUGCAAUCAGUCGCUCUGUGUUAGUCUCAGGGCACCUACUGAGAAACUCCACAGUGUCUACAAAUCAUUCAGGUUUCGCUAUAGAUUGACGGUCAGCAGUGAAGAUGGAUCAGAGUGUGGACAUCAAAGAGUUAAAAAAAAAAGUGUGCCCCUUGAGGACCUGGCCCCUGGCCGAAGGUACUGUGUGAAUGUCAGUAUCAUUGAUCGCAGCCCACCCAGUAGAUGGGUAUGUGCCUCCACCCCUAAAAGAGCAAUUGUCUCAGAUGCCAUUAUCUCUGUUAUCCUGUGUCUGCUGAUGUUGCUGUUAGUAAUGUGCACACCAAGAUUUGUUUCUCGCUGUUUCUGUCUAAAACCAAAUCUUCCUCUAGUUCUGAGCUCAUUUGAGAGUAAGAAUAAAGUUCUUACUGCUGUUGCUGAACCCAUUAACAAGCUCUGUGAGGAGAGAGACUCCAUCCAGAAGAUGAAGAGAAACGGAGAGGAAGAAGACAUGGAAGGGGAGACAGAGGAGGAUUUGAAAUACAGGAGACUAGUGUCACACUAUCUGGACACACAGGGCUCCCCACUCUCAGUUUUUCCAACGUCAUCUAGCUCUGUUUUGCUUAUUAAUCAAACUCCAGAUACAAGCCUUACAUCUUCUACAGAUACUCAGAGUUGUAGUCUGAUUGUGUUUGAGGGCAGCCAUAUUCAUACUGAACCAACACCCUCUCCUAGGCUCCCUCAAGAAACAAGUCCACUCCAGAAUUCAAGUUCCAUUUUCACCGGACACAUGGAGAAUGAAGAUGGAGAGAGCAGUACAGAUGUAAACCUGUUUUCUGUGAUGCUAGGAGGAGUUUCGGCAGAACAGCACAAACCUGAACCUGAUAAAACCCGCAAUACUGACGAUGAGCAGGAAUCUUCUGCUACAUUGACCUGGAUUUCUGAUUCACAGUCCCAAAACUCUGAGUCUACUCAGAUGAACAUUUUAGAAGAAGAUUAUGAUGAUGAUUCAGGGUACUUAGGUCGAAAUUAGAUUCCUGAGGUCUUUUACAGCACUUGAGAGUAGAUAUGAGAAUAUGAAAGCACACGUAAGCAUUCUCAAAUUCUGAUAAUAUAUAAAUAUAUACUGUAUUUGUAUAUUUUAUAGAUGUUUUUUUUUUUUUUUUUUUUUUUUUUUUUUUUGUAUUUGUUUUUUUUUUAUUAUUGUUAUUAUCUUUGAAUAUGCAUUUCAGUCUGAUGGAGAUCAUGGCAUACCAACAUUAUUCAUAUGUAUUGUUCAUAUUUGCCUGGAUGCGGAACAAGUGUUUACUAGACAUGUUGGCCUGGCUCCAAGUUUUUUUAGAGGAAACACUGGUGUGUUUUCUUUGCUCUUUAAGUAUUUUCAAAAUAAUAAAGAUGUGAAAAAAAAUGUAGUGAUUAAAUAUUAUUUUUCAAUAACAAAACAUCCAAGUUGUAAUCUCAAUCUUCACAAUGUGAAUGCACUGACUUUGUAAAACCAACUGUCCUCCUUAUUUCCAAUCUUUUUUAUAGGCAUUUUGUCAGGACAGUAUGAAUUACAUUAAACUGAUCAACAAACAACAAAAUGUCAUUACCAUGUCUGACCCCAAA